UUACUAGCGAUGGCGGUAACGACACCAAUCCAACAGUCCCCUCUACUCUACAAAAAAUGGUGAAGCUUGAUGGAUCUUCAUCACACUACUACUUGUUGCUGUAACAGAUCGGAGAACCAGCAGUAUCCAAAGAUAUCUGACAAGGUGUUAAUGGUUAUGGAUUCGUAGUAACUGAUGAGCUAAGAGCCAAGCAAGAGAGAGAGAGAGAGAACUUGUUUGAAGAGUAAUGGCUAAGCAUACUAGUAGUAAUGGUCAUAAUGCCUGGAUGGGGAUCCAGAAGAAGAGGUGGGCGUUGAUGAUUCUAGCGUUGUUUUCUCUUUCGACGGCGAUGGUGUUCCUCAUGAGAACGGCGUUCGAUUCAUGCAGCGGCCCCAAGGUCGGCAAUGGUUUUGGAAGUCCUGGAAUGGUAGAAGAGAGAGAAACUGUGGUUCACUCAGAACCAAAUCCACUGGAUUUCAUGAAAUCGAAGCUCGUUCUUUUGGUUUCUCAUGAGCUUUCUCUCUCCGGAGGGCCAUUGUUGCUGAUGGAAUUGGCGUUUCUGUUAAGAAAAGUUGGAGCAGAAGUUGUUUGGAUUACUAAUCAGAAACAGGGGGAAUCUGAUGAUGUGAUUUACAGUCUCGAGCGGAAGAUGCUUGACAGAGGAGUACAGGUCUUCUCUGCAAAGGGUCAAAAAGCUAUAGACACAGCUCUUAAAGCGGAUAUAGUUGUUCUAAACACAGCUGUUGCUGGGAAAUGGCUGGAUUCGGUUCUAAAGGAAAAUGUUCAUCACGUUCUUCCAAAGGUUUUGUGGUGGAUUCAUGAGAUGCGAGGGCAUUAUUUCAAAGUGGAGUAUGUUAAGCAUCUCCCUUCUGUUGCAGGUGCCAUGAUUGAUUCACAUGCAACUGCAGAAUACUGGAAAAACAGAACCAGGGAACGAUUGGGAAUUGCAAUGCCUAAAACCUAUGUUGUACACUUGGGGAAUAGCAAAGAGCUAAUGGAAGUUGCUGAAGAUAGCGUGUCUAGAAGAGUUCUUCGUGAGCACAUUCGAGAGUCUAUCGGAGUGCGGAGUGACGAUCUACUCUUUGCCAUCAUAAAUAGUGUUUCACGAGGAAAAGGACAGGAUCUAUUUCUUCGGGCAUUUUAUGAAAGUUUGCAAGUGAUUAAAGAGAAAAAAUUGCAGGUGCCAACGAUGCAUGCUGUUGUAGUGGGAAGUGACAUGAAUGCUCAAACGAAGUUCGAAACAGAACUACGUACAUUUGUGUUGGAGAAAAAUAUUCAGGACAGAGUUCACUUUGUAAAUAAAACCCUGACUGUCACUCCUUACCUGGCUGCAGUUGAUGUUCUUGUUCAGAACUCUCAGGCCCGGGGAGAGUGUUUUGGAAGAAUAACCAUUGAAGCAAUGGCCUUUCAGCUGCCUGUAUUGGGAACGGGAGCUGGGGGAACUAUGGAGAUUGUAGAGAAUGGGACAACAGGGAUCUUGCAUCCUGCUGGUAAAGAAGGUGUGACUCCACUUGCCCGAAACAUUGUGAAGAUGGCCACGCAUAUAGAGAGAAGGCUGACGAUGGGCAAUCAAGGGUAUGAGAGGGUGAAGGAGAGGUUCUUGGAACCCCACAUGUCACAUAGAAUUGCUUUUGUUUUGAAAGACAUUUUGCGCAACUCAAAAGCCAGUCACUAGUUCUUAAUUCUCCCACUAUCAAGCUGGAACUAAAAGUAGUAGCACUAUCUGCAAGUAAGGAGGCAAUUCAUAGUCUCUUUUUUUAUAUGAAUUAUUUUUGUAUCAUAAUAAAGAUAAGAUAUAGCGAGGAAAUUUGGUAAAUGUAAAAUGAGUAGUAGUGCGAAUGUAAGUCAUCUACCCUCUUUUUUAAUAGGAUGAUGUAUUGUAAGGUAAGGUGAUAUUGAGGUUUAAAGAAACGUACUUAGAUUUUUCGCU